CUUACAUCACUGGUCCAUUGCAGUCCAUUGUGUAAGUCGUGUAACGAACAUCAGUACAUAACUGCAACUACGAUAGAAUUUAGUCAUUGAGACUAGAGGAACGGACAGGCGUAUUACAUCCCAUCAUUAUCAAUUACUUAAUUUUAAUGAAUAACUAUAUCUAGGCUUACAUAUUAUAUGAGAAGAGGACAUAGAAAGAGUUAAAACGCUCGUUAACAGAAGUGCUUACGUGAAUGGCAUAAGUGCAGGAGGUGGUGCUGCUGUCAUAUCGAAAACUAAAAAGGGCAAUAAAAUGGUUGAUACGAACGCUGUGAAACAAAAAAUAAAAGAAUUGUGCAGGAUCUUAUUCAAUGGCGAACUUAGGCAUGACGAAGGAGACGUAUAUGGAUUAACGGAGCUGCAAAUAGCCAUUCUCUUGAAAGUGAUAGAAUUCGUACAAGUUCUCGUAGAUGAGGGUGCCGAUGACAUCUUGAAAACUGAAAGGGGCGAGAUUCCGCUUCAUUUUGCUGCGCGAGCAAAAGAAGAAAUUUACAGGUUGCUACUCGAGAGAGAAAGUGACGUGGAUGCCAAAGUAGACCAAGAUGGAUUAACGGCAAUGCACAUAGCCAUUCAGAAGAGAUACAAGAGAUACGAAGAUAUCGUACAAAUCCUCGCAGAUAAGAGUGCCGAUGUCAACUUGAAAACUAAUAGGGGCGAGACACCGCUUCAUAUAGCUGCGCGAGAAGGACUACAAGAAAUUUUCAGAUUGUUAAUCAAAAGAGGAGCUUACGUGGAUGCCGAAGAAGACAAAUAUGGAUUAACGGCGGUGCACGUAGCCGUUCAGGAGGGACACAAUAAUAUCGUACAAAUUCUCAUAGAUCAGGGUGCCAAUGUCAACUUGAAAACUAAAAGGGGCGAGACACCGCUUCAUAUAGCUGCGCGAGAAGGACUACAAGAAAUUUGCAGAUUGUUAAUCAAAAGAGGAGCUGACGUGGAUGCCGAAGACAAAUUUCGAGUAACGGCGCUGUUGGACUUGAUAAAGGAUAAUGGCGCCAAGACAGCGCUCCUUUUUGCUGCGCGAGUAGGACGAGAAGAUAUUUGCAGGUUGCUAAUCGAAGGAGGUGCUGACGUAAAUGAAAAAGAUGCGUUUGGAGUCACAGCGUUACAUUUAGCCGCUGCAAAUGGUAAUAUACGUAUCAUGGAAAUUCUCUUGAAUUCGGGCGUCGACAUCGAUUCCACAGAUUUGCGUGGUAACACUGCUCUUCAUGUCGCAUCCGGCACCGAUCAGGACGAAGCCAUUCUAACUCUCAUAGAAAACGGUGCUGAUGUACACAUUGUUAACAGAAACCAUGAAACAGCGUUCCACGUUAACUAUUCUCAGUAUAGGCCUGAAAAGCUCUACAAGUUUACCAUUAGCCAACAGCAUCUACUUAAAAUGAUGAUUGCUAGCUUUGACGAGAAAAACGGAAAUGUGGUGAAUCUUAAUAUCACUACGGAUAUAAACGGGCAGUCUCAACUUGAGAAGGAAUGUAAGGAAGAGAUAAAGAGAAUGAAAAGCGCAAAAAUUAAGAAUACUAACCUGACAUUCUAUGAUAUCUUAACAAAACGGAUAGACCAAAUAGCAUUAUACGCGAGAAGUGAAGAUGUUAUUCUGGUUUUGAAAGGUGGCAUUUACCAGAGAGAAUUUCCUACGUACGAAGACAUAAUAAAGCGUCGUUUCAACAGAGGUAUGGUUCGAAAGGAAUUGUUAGACGAGGGCGUUAUAUUUUUCCGCCGUUAUUUGAGUACAGAUUAUGAUUUACUUUGUAUUGAAAAAAUAUUAAAUUGCCUCAGUCACAGGGAUCUAACGAGUUUGAAAAGUGCUUGUAAAAACGUACGUUGUAACGAAGAAACAAAACGGGAAACACUGUAAUACUUACUACUUUCUAUAUCUGUACUUGUUUAUUAACAUUUUGACGCUAAUAAAUAGUCAUUUUGUACUUUA